GUGGACAAGAUGGCCAGCCUCUACAACAUACACGUCCGCACAGGGUGCUUCUGUAACACAGGAGCCUGCCAGAUGCACUUGGGUAUAAGCAAUGAGGACAUCCGAAGGCAUCUGCAGGCUGGCCAUGUCUGUGGAGAUGACAUAGACCUAGUUGAUGGACGCCCCACUGGUUCCGUGAGGAUAUCCUUUGGCUACAUGUCUUCUUUUGAAGAUGCUCAGACUUUUUUGAAAUUCAUCAUAGCCACCAGGCUCUCUAAGUCGGACACUGAGAUUCCUUUCCAGUCCUCUCUUACAAAGCUGACAACAGAGUCUGUCCCAGGUGACCACUCUUCCUUUAACAAUGCAGAUAAAUUGUCUCCAAUACCACACGUCUUGGACAGAGAACUCAGGAGUCAUUCCUCUGCAGCCAGGAUGACUCCCGGCUGGCAGCCACCGGAGGCUGAGGCGGAAAGCAUAAGGGCAGCUGUUUCGGAGACUGCAGUGCCAACAUGUAGAAGAGGUGGCAAGCCCAUCACUGUCACCAACAUUUACCUCUACCCAAUCAAAUCCUGCUCUGCGUUUGAGGUUACAGAAUGGCCAGUGGGGAACCAGGGUUUGCUGUAUGACCGUAACUGGAUGGUUGUAAACCAGAAUGGAGUCUGCAUGACUCAGAAACAGGAGCCAAGAUUGUGUCUUGUAAAUCCCUCAAUUGAUCUGAAGAAAAAGGUUAUGGUCAUCCAGGCAGAAGGCAUGGACCAAAUAUCUCUAUCACUAGAGGAAAACACUGCAAAAGAGACUGUGAUCUGUGAGAGUAAAGUCUGCUCACACAGGGUAAAAACAUAUGACUGUGGAGAAAGAAUCGCUGGCUGGUUCUCUGUGUUUCUUGGUCGUCCGUGUCGCUUGAUAAGACAAAGUUCAGAUAUGGAAAACAGGUCACAUCAGAAAAAUACAAAAGGUCUGGCAUCUGCUGCAAGCAUCUCCCUCUCUCUUGUGAAUGAAGCACAAUACCUCCUGAUAAAUGUAGCAAGCAUUUUGCAGCUGAAAGAACAUAUUUCUGCAAGAUUGGAAGAGCCACUGGAAAUAGAGGAAUUAAUCCGACGUUUCCGUGCCAACCUUGUCAUCAGUGCACCAGAGUCCUUUGAAGAAGAAGAAUGGGCUGAAAUUUCAAUAGGUGCUCUGCAAUUCCAGGUUGUGGGUCCAUGUAGCAGAUGUCAAAUAAUCUGCAUUGAUCAACAGUCUGGGGAACGAAACAAAGAAUUUCUGCAGUCUCUGUCUGCUGCCAGAGGUAGAAAGACUAACUUUGGCAUAUACCUGAUGAACCAGCCCUUGUGCUCAUCCUUGCCAGGUAUUUUAUCAGUCGGCUCUCAAGUACUUCCAGUGCUGAAGGAGAAUACAGAAAUUCAGCCCCCAACAUCCAGUGAGGAAAAAUGUUCAGGGUAG